AUGGAAUUUGUUUACCCGCCAGAAUCCACACUGCCCUUUUUUGCAGCUAUUUCUACCUUAGAGAUUCAUAGUCAAAACUUGGAGCUUCGUCUUAGCCCACAUCAGAUACACUCACUCCUCCGGUUACUCGAAGUGUUCUCUGCCGUCCAUUCAGAAACUGUUGAUUGGUCCAAGUUUGUCUCCGCUAACUUCCCGAGCUCAAAUCUGGACUGUGUGCCGAGUGGCGAUGUUCUUCCACCGGUAGAAUGUUUAGAUCUAAAGGAGACACAUCACGGUAACCAGCAACAAUCUUGGGCGUCUUGGGUCUGGUCUCUCGUUCCCAGCAUUUUGCCUCCAAACUUGGAUCUCAGCGAUUCGGACUGCGAAGAUGGGUCUAACGAACCACCGGCAAAUGCGAUUGUUGCAUGGAUAGAGUUUUUCGAUCUUGUUUGCGAGGAGGCGCGACAUCAGCAUGCCGAUCCUACCAACCAAUUUGUAUCCGGUUUACAGCCAUCCAUCGAUUAUUCGGACUCAAAUGUACCUCCUUACAAUUCAUCUGAUGUGCGCCCAUCUUCAGUUUCGACAGCUCAUGUGAACCUGAGAUGCAUGCGCCGUAAUCGACGACGAAUUCGGCAACUAACCAGUCUAUGUGAAAUUCCCCCUUUAAUAAGACUGUGUGUACGCUGCGAUCGAUUAACUAUUCAGCUCACACUCCCUGAUUACGAUCUGCAACCUCACUUGAUCGGCCAUGGUUCCAAGCGUCCUCCAGUUCGUUUACAACCCACCAUGGAGUUCGUUGCUCAGGGUUUGAUUUCUCAGUCAAGCAUCUUUGGUUCCUACUUCACUUCGUUUCAACUGGGCAUCAAGCAGCUUUCAGCACAUCUUAUUGGCAAUCAUUGCACAUGUGGAAACAUGGAUGAGUGCCUUUCCACUGCAACCGGUACCACUGAUACCCUACCAAACUACGGCAGAGUAAAUGAAGAUGGCUCAGUUGUCCUUCCGGCGUUCGCUGAGUUUGGCACUGCUCAUGGCUGUUCGUCUUCACAGCCUCCAAACGACCGCUUUCUGUUUUACUCAAUGUUCCACUCAAAUUCGAACGUCACUUUACCUGGGGUGCUCCAGAAUGAGCAACGCGAUUCGCCGAGCAAUCAAUGUGUUUUACAACUGGACUCUUACUUUUCCAAAUUCACGGACACUGUCGUUUUAGAACACUAUCCUGCUCUGUGGUUCGACUUGGUCAAUUCGAUGGAAUACGACGCACCGACUUUCAAGUCAACUGAAACUGCGCGAACUUCCUCACUCGAAACCCGACAAUUUCCGCAUCGUGUUGUCAUCCGUCUUCUGUCCACUGAGAUGCAGCUUCACAUCUCCGCCUCAUUGCUACAUCGACUUGAGGCUGUCGUCGCAUCUAUCCGAAGUCAUCCCAACUAUCCUGCUUGCUCGAUUGAUCCCUCUGGUGUCUGCGAACGCUCAGAAGCGCUCUCCGGUCAACCUCAACUGACCAGUUUUGGAGGUCACGUCCCCAUUCAAAUGUUCCGGUUGGCAACAUCUUCCGCUCAUGUGCAUUUUCACGUCAUCCACUCCGCCUCUCAACCUGUGGACGCGCAUUCCCUUAUACUACAUCUGGGACCUCUCGAGUGUAUGCACAUCUGUCCUUUACAUCCGGAGGAGAUAACGGCCGAAUUACGCCAUUGGGAUUUCGUUCCCCAUCUCAUUUACCAUGUGAAUGAUCUACUAUCAGACGAUACCUCUUGGUUGACCAUUCCACCACAUCCAAUCACUCGGCGUGCACCAGACCUUGACGCUGCCGCACUGCUGUCGCAUGCAUUCAGGCGAACUCGCGUCCGAUUUCAUUCAUGCUCCGUGCAAAUGUCACCCAUACUGUCCGCAUUGAAUACUCCAAUCGCCACUGUGUCACACUUAACCGUGUUGUGGUGGAACCUGAACGCGCCUGAACAAUGGGCUGACCAUCCCCAAGCAGCUUCCAUUUCUGAAACCGAGAUUCGUCUUUAUAUCCAAGACCAAGUGGCCAUCAGUUUGUCGGCCACCAAUCUGCUCUUCAUCAACUUCCUCUUAGGCCCCAUUAUGGAACAGCUGCGCUCAUUCGGUGAUUUCCUGUCCAAACCAGCCGCUGCACCUGUCCACUCGUCACCAUAUCUUCCCGCAUCUCUGAUGUUACAACGCCUGAAUGCUGUACACUCUGCCCGACCGAUCGACUUGGGGACACUUUGCAUCGAAAUGCCAGGCUCUUUUCAUAUGCACUCUUCUUUCAACCAGCUUAGAUGGCGUUUUUGUAUGAAUCUCGAUGGUGACCUUAAUGCGUAUCUACUUUGUUCUGGGACCAACAUCGUUGUGAUACCUGUGCUUCAGAGACUGAAACAGACAGAAGCGUCCGUUUCCCAUCAUCCACACUCUCAUGGCUCUCGCCAGAGUGAAACAACGACCUCACCACAUUCUACCCUUUUCGAUCUGUCUCUUCAGUUCCCUUCGAAGCUUGGACAGGAUUCUUUUUCCAUCCCUGCUCUCUGUCAAAUUUUCGUCUCCGGAUUUGCUGGCACCCUCAGUCCGUACCUCAUUCGCUGGCUCUCCUCGGUAGACCUACCGCCCACGAUGUUCGAUCUAGAAGCUCUCCGAUGUGAUCAAAUGCGCAACCAUUCGAAAAGUCUUCCUCCAGCUUCACUCACAUGCCCCAAACCUUCCGUGUCAUUGAAUCCCUCGUUUUAUCAACGGACGCAAUCUGUCCAUCGCUAUUCUUGCGGACACCCCAAUUUCGCAAUUUCUCCUCAUGCCUCAACGAUUUGGCCGCGUUUCCAAACCCUUCCCACCGAGAAUGACACCAGUUCGAAUACGCAUGCUGAUGAUUGGGUUCACUCUCGAUUCACUCUAAUUGGGAUUCAGGAGUUGUUAAAACUUUUGACUGUGGAGGUGGUGCUUAAGCCCUGGAAACUGACGAUUCUCCGUCCCGAUUACGAUCUCACAUCAGCGGGAUCCUUGUCUGCUGGUUUGACAAGCGAUUACUGUGCGUCCGUUGAUUUCUUUUCGCCUGAGAUCGUGAUGGACAAUUCGGAGCGUAAUUCGUUGCCUUAUCCAGCUACCGGACAACCUGACCAGCCGCACAUUGACCCCACUAGAUCCGGCAUUCCAGAGGCGAUCAAAGUUGCGCCACCGCUGCAUCAUCCUUCUACUGCACACGGGUUCCCAAGCAGUAUGGUACCGUGGCGUUUGCGUGCAAGUCGGGCCACUGUAUUUGUGGAUCGUCAGAUGGUGUUUGCAGUUGACCUAGUGGCCAGCUUUCUGAUCACUUCAUGCCAAUCACCUCGUGGGUGUGGGAAAUUUGGAAGCGACCAAACGUGUACAACCUGGUGCCUACACCUUGAAUUCUCAUAUGACGAUCCUAGUGACUCGCCAUCAAAGGAGGACGCCGCUGUGUCUGGAAUCCCCUCCUUGGAACAUAUAUUGUGCGUCGGUCAAGCGGUUCUGUAUGCAUUUGAAAGUCUGCAAUCAGUCGCUUUCAAAUGGACUCGGCUCAUCCGUGCUCUUCGGGAUCUUAACAACGUGGACUUUUCUACUACGAUGAAUGCACGAAUUUCCAAACACACAGAUCCUAUCUUACCCUCGUCGGUUUCAAAUAUUGUGCAAAAGCCGAUCGACAUCGCUACGCCAAACUCUACCGUCAAUGCUGAGUGCUUCAGUAAAGUUGUGUUAGCUACUCCUGUUUGGUCCUUGACAUCGAACACCCCGCCCUUGCGAUUCGUUGUGAUUGGUUCACUUUCACACGCCUCCGGCUGUUUCCGCACACGCUCUCUGGACUCUGUCGAUUCGAUUGUCCGGUGGUUUGUAACUGAUGUGGCUGCGUCCAUUGAGCUGCAACAGCGACGAUUCUCUCUCGAUUUGUCUGUUGGGGCGUUAUCUGUGUACCUUCAUCAAUCAGGAACUGUGGUCCCGCUUUUAACACCAUCUGGAUCUUGGUUGCGCUGCUUCGAUGAUGGAGACCGACACAACCCACUGCCAAACGGCUCCUUCACGAACCCUAUGUUAUCCAUAGAGGGAUCACCAUUUGCUGGUCCCAACACGAUAGAUUCUGCAGAAUUUCAAUGGGUUCCCAGAUUUCCAUCCGAAACCCCCUGUUUCACCUGCACUUCACAGAAAUGUCCCAAAAUCUCUCCGCUCGAGGUCACUGCUCCUUCCGAUGUCAUGUUUGCCGCACGGCUUUCAAUAAGCUCUGGACCUCAAACCCACGAGUGCUCUGCUUCCACUCACUCUCAGCACUGUGAUCCGCUGUGUAGUGCUUAUUCCACAGCUGUUUGUGGUUGCCCUGUCGUUCUUCUUGAUGCCAUUUUGCAACCACUAGACGUAGUUAUUCCUCUCGAGCUUAUAAAGUGUUUUGAAAUCCUGGACCAAUGGAGCACGAAUUCUCUACCUGAAUGUCACCACGCAGGGGUUCCGUGUGGUCAACUUGAGGAAAAUUCAUCGGUAUCAUUUCAUGGCUCCUAUGUUAUUCAUCCUCGUUUGUUAGUUAAGCUACUUCGGAUCUUUGUCAUCUUUGCCAAGGAUUCCCGUGCUUAUUGCACGCCCUCUAUCCCGUGUGAGCCGAAUACAUUGGUUCUUUGUUCGGAUAACUUUGAAUUUCGGCCAUUAGUGGAUAGCCAACGGGAACAUCCAACCGCAGCGCAAUCAGAAGCUGCAGAGCGGCGUCAGUGUUCUGCUUGCAUACCAAAUACCUCAUCAUUAUCAUCCAAAAAUGCGGACCGUUUUACUCCUUGCAGCGCUGUUACUCGUGGUAUCACGUGCUGGAUGACAGAAUUCGCUUCAGUUCUGCUUCCGGAGGAAUUUAUUCACUAUCGUUGGACAGAACUUGUCACGAAACGCUCCGAUGGUCCGGCUACUUUGCAACAGCAAUAUCCGGCGCACUACUGGAAUCGGGGCCUGCUCUGUGCUAGCCGGAAAUGUCACCCACAUCCCGCUCCCGGAUGGCUUUUGAUUCAGUCCUUCAGUCUCACAUUUUCUUGGGCCCCAACUUUCCCCGCUAUGGAUUUAUCUUCAGGUUCUGGGUCCGGCUCGUCACUAGAAUUGCUCAUCUCGGAUCCACUGGUUCUUUUUGCAGACAACACGGUCGUCAAGGCAUUGCAAACCGUUCUCGUCUCCAAUAUUACGAAUAGUGGACGAGCGGAAUCCCAUGGCGACUUUGGCCGUUUGAAAACCCAGACGUCUUUUCUUUCCCGCUUUUUCCCACAAAGACUGGUGAUUGACCUUCUGCACAUCCGGUUAACAUGUUGGUCGGAUGCUAUGCCUGAUGAAUAUGCCCUCAACUCUUUCGCUCAGAUGGUUAUUGACCUCAACCAGGCUCAUCUUGCAGUUCGCUUACCAGCCCCCAACCAUCUUGCGAUCGAAGCUUCCAUCCGUAACACCCAGAUGGAUCUCCGCUUCUCAGGGUCGCAUAUGCCACCAUCUCAAUCACAAUUCAUUGGGUGGUCUCAGUUCUCUCCCAUUACGCCCAAAGAACCUCACGACUCAGUGGUCUUAAUACUGCCACCUUUCCCAACCGAUCGGGUUAUCGCUCGCUUUUCUCCACCUCAGAUGGAGACUGUAACCUUCAUCGGUUCCGCGCGUGAGAAAUGCGACACAGGAACUGGCUCUGCCACGCCGUUUCUUACUGUGUGUGUGACAGUCGACCACGUCGGCGAUGGGGAUUGCGCCCUUGAGCCAGCAGUCGCUUCGAAUGCGGCUCGGCCUGACUUUGUGGCCCAUGGUAAGGUUAUCGACAUUACCAUUUCUGUCGGGAACGUAGCACACGCUGUCGUGCAGCCGGAAACAUUGGGGGCAAUGGUGACGCUAACCAAAGCAGUCAGCUCCGAUACCCACGAACUGCCGAUGUCGUAUUCUACCGACCACAUCGACGUGGAACACUCACCUUCAGCAACAUCGGUCCUGUUUCGCCUAGCUGUACAAAUUGACGGUCUCGAUUUGCGUAUACUGUCUGCGUCUCCUCGCUCCGAUCGUGGGGGUGAACUCCAGUUGACAUUGCGGCAACUGACCUGCGACACACUUGCUGUGACCAAUCUCGGGACACUGGCGAACAGUAUCAAGUGGCGUUUGACCACAUCAAGCGUUCAUCUUGGUUGUGUGUCUUACCAUCCAAUUUCCACAGCAGAUUCCUCUACCCUACUUUCAAGCCGGUCCAUCUCAUUACUGUGGCCGCACACGUCACUGACCUGCAUCGGUGCUGCACGUGUUGCACCAUGUUUCCACCAGCUGUCCUCUCUUACCGCCCCGAAAUAUUUGACAGAUCUGGAGAUAGUAGUCCUAUUGGCCGCCGGUUGUCAAACGGAUGUUCCACUUUACGGUCCGACCCUCGAUACACUUAUACAUAUUAUCCUGUCUUACUCCAAUAAUGCGCUCCUUUCGGUCCCAUUGAAACAACCUGUUCACAGCGAAUUUUGCUUCCAGUGUGCGGGACUUCAGCCAAUCAUGCACAGGGAUGAUUUACGUCAGUCUCUUCUCGGUCUCUCUGCCUGGGAACUUACCAGUCUUCACGCAUUGGACAGUGUUCGUCCGACACCAAUUUCUUUACAUUUGGACGCAUGCUGGCCAUGGGAGCCAAACCACUCCAAUCUGUCUCAGGCCCCUCUGUUCGCACACCCUUGGCCCAAAGUAGGUCAACUGGUAUUUUGCGACAAUCUCCGUGGCGAGUUCCAAGUCUCUACGGACUUGCGCCCAUGCGCUAUCGAUGUGGCUGAUGAGGAGUCGGAGAGUCAAUGGGUCGGUUUGACGUGGGCCUAUCCGGAGCCACGGACUCCAGUUCACCUCCGAGUGAUCCCAAUCCCCCUCUGUUUCAUUGAGAGAUACUCUCCGUCCGCAUUUCCACAAGGGCUCCAGCUCCCCUGUUAUUUACAGUAUUGGGAUCACUCGCAGUUGCCUCGUGGUUCCUUUGUAACCUAUGCCACGUUCAGUCUCCGUGACAAUCAAGCUGUGGACGUUUUCCUAAUGAACACGCGCCGCUUUCACAAGUCAUACUUGGAUUCAACUGGGGAAGCUUCCCACUCUAAUCAUAUGGGCUCACAUCUGUGGCGACAAGUUCGAGAUAAUUUAGAUUCGUUGAUCCAUCAGAGUAGCUGUUCUUCUGAAUUUCCAACUCCUGUCUGGUCGGAUAUCCACCGUGAUGAUCCAGAUUUGUUCGACCUAGACGGCAGUGACAGCACACCGGCGGAGCAAAUUUGGAGAAUCUUAGUCGACUUGCGAGCCCGGCCGGCUCCUGUCUUCCAAAGCCCAUCCUCUGCUCACGGGACCUUCCAUGCAACCACUGUGACAAGCUCGGAGCCGGUGGCAUUGGUGCACAUAUCUCCUCUGGCACUCGGUGGCAGUGUUGAACUGGAUUCCGUUCAAAAGCGCUCCAUCAUCCCGAACGCCGGGCUCAGGGGUCAGAUCUACUGUCCAUCACUACGUUGCUCAGUCGUUCAACAGACUUAUUCAUCGAACAGUAUUUGGACCGCCAACUCGGAGUUGGCACGUUUGGAGUUCAGCAAUCUCCUCUUCUCUCUAGCUCAUCCUUUGGAGCAUUGGACGUUGGUUUCCCCACAACAUGUGAUCACUCUGUCAUGGGCUCACAGUUUACUGUCGAUCGCGGAUCCCAACUGGUCUUGUACUCAGCCAAUACUAUCAGUGCAGUCAUUUCACGGAGCAUUUCAGCUCUCAGAUCGUGGCAGACCCGCGGAUAUCAAAGUUCGGUCGUCCGAUGUUCAUUUGUUUGUCGGAGUCGAUCGUCUGCACAACCUUAACUGUUUGCAUUCAGUAGUGAAACACGUGCAACAGCGUUUGGCACAUUUGGUUGAUUCCAGUGAAUGUUCUUUCAACACAGCCAAGCUGGUGACUCUGCCUCCCUUGCACUGGCUGGUCAUUAAUCAUUCUGAUCAGAUCAUCUUUCUGCAACAAUUGGGAAGCCGCACUCAUUCUACUUCGUUCAAGGUCGAUUCGUCUAGAGACAUUCAAACAACCGAUCCUUUUCUGAUGGAGAUUCGUCCAUCCGAGUGCGUUCCUUGGCGCCCGAUUCUUUUGCCUGGUUUCUGUCCAAACUCUUCGAUCCGUCUGCGUUUCGGUAUCAAAAGG